UGACAGUUAUAGUUAUUAAUCAUCGAAAAAAAGAAGUAAAAUGGUAAAUCAUUUAGAACUAAUGAUGUUAAAAUUCAUACGCCCCCCUCACGUAUUUAAUAUGUUACGCAAUGUAAGUUAGUUUACUUCGUUUCCUUUUAAUUUAAUAUAUUCGUAACUGACGUAUUUCAUCUUAAAAACAUAACCUUACAAAUACGCAAUGAAUAUCGAGAAAAACCGACUAAAAACCUACAGAAAUUGGCCGCCUUACGUGCCGGUUUCACUCGUGAAACUUGCUAAAGCAGGAUUUUAUUAUACGGGAAGAAAUGAAACGGUGAAAUGUUUCUCGUGCGAGAUUGAAAUAUCCGGAUGGGAGUUUGGUGAUCCAGUUCAGGUUAUGGGAAAACAUCGAUCAUCUAGCCCGCAGUGUCCGUUUGUUUUAAAUCAGUCAACAUGCGGGAAUAUUCCUCACAUACCCCACUCGUAUUCAGUUCCAACGAAUAACAUCACAAACAACACAGAAGAUUACAAAACUGAAUCUGCUCGAUUACAAACCUUUGCUAAUUGGCCGAAAUUAGAUGUUGUGGCACCGGAGGCACUCGCCAAAUCCGGAUUUUACUCACUCAAGGUUAAAGAUUACGUUAAAUGCGCCUUUUGCGACGUCGUUUUAAUUUCGUGGGAACAAGGAGAUAACCCGAACACAGAACAUUACCGUUGUUCUCCGAAUUGUAGUUAUUUAAAACUUAUGAAUAAUGAAAGAAAUGUUACCACCAGUAACAGCAAUUCAAAUCUGUUAUUAAUCGAAGGAGACGGAAACUUAAGUAAUUUAGGGGUGCAAGAACAUAAAUUACCGAAACAUCCCGAUUUUGCAACUUACGAAGCCAGGAUAAGAUCUUUUGCAAAGUGGCCUAAUUCGGUACCACAAAAACCGGAAGAUUUAGCUUCCGCAGGGUUUUAUUAUGAAGGAUUUGGGGAUCGCGUUCGCUGUUUUCAUUGUGACGGGGGAUUGAAUCAUUGGGAUCCCGAUGAUGAACCUUGGUCUCAACACGCUCAUUGGUUUCCCAGGUGCUGUUACAUACUUUUAAUGAAAGGACAAGAAUUUAUUCAACAAUCAUCACCGGUUAAUGAUAAUGCAGUAACGAUCCCUACAGCAUCAUCAAGACCAUCUUCUAGACGUGGUGAAACCCCAACCGAUCAACAACUUCAAACAUACCUCGAUUCCGAUCAAGCUAGAUCCGCUUUAAGCGUUGGCCUUCAAUUAGAUCGUGUAAAACGAGCGAUUAAAAAUAAACUUGAAGAAACCGGGGUGGGUUUUUCCUCGAGCGACGCCCUCAUUGAAGCUGCUUUAAACCUUCAAAUCGACGACGAAGACUUCGAUAGUCCAAACACGAGUAAUUCGAAUUUAUCGAAGACCGUUUCAAUUAUUUUAGAAGAUGUUUUACAUUCAGCGGUUUCCGGACAACCGAAAUCCACCGAUGGAGGGGUCGUUAAAAAAGAAAUUCCGAAAAAUGAUUAUCAACGAAAAAAUGGGGAACAGAUGAGUCUCGAAGAAGAAAAUCGACAAUUAAAAGAAGCGAGGAUGUGUAAGAUUUGUAUGGACGCUGAGGUUGGAAUUGUUUUAUUGCCGUGUGGACAUUUGACUUCGUGCGUUCAGUGUGCACCAAAUUUAAAAGAUUGUCCCUUGUGUAGGGCUCCGAUUAAGGCUACCGUCAGAACGUUUUUUUCUUAGUUUUCUUUCGCUUUUUUUGUUGAUUGGUGAUGUUUUUUUUUCUGUUGAUUUUUUUAACUUCAAAUAUACGCUUAUUAU